AGUCACUAAAUGUCGGCGGUAGCGAGUGGUUGUGCCUUUAAUCUGCUAAAAUAAAUUCAAAUAAAUGUCGUUGUCGUGCCGUUAAGUGUGUUGUUACAAAGCGUGUCAUGUAAAGUGUUGUUGUUUUGCAGUUUAAAAAAACAAACAAAAAAAUAACAGAAAUAUAGAAUAAAAAAAUAUAAUUAAUAAUUAUUUCAACAAAAAAGCAAAUUUACAUUGCUGUUUAAUUGCAGUUAUUAAAAAAAGCAAAAAGUUUAAAAGAAAGUCCGUCACUUUUUUUAAUUUAGAAUUAAAUAAAUAAAAUUAUAAUUUUCAAUUUCAAAAUCUCAAAAGUAAGAAGAAGAAGAAGAGAAAGAAAAAUGUCUCUUUAAGUUACUUAUGUAACGAUGACGACGACCACAGUGCCAGAUCAAAGAUAUUUUUGUACAAAUUCAAUUUCAAAUUCAAACAGACUUUAACAAUUAGUACUAGAGGAUAGAUACUUGUACUUAUUGUCUAAAUAUUUGUGAUAAAUUAAAAGUGUUAUAUAUAUAUAUAAGUACAUAUAAUAAAUAAAUAAAUUUAUAUACCUAGUUAUAUAUACAUAGUAUAUUUAAAUAAUAUUAUUAAGAACAAAAGUGCCAGUAUUUUUUAAAACAACAAAAUGACAGUUACCUACACAGGAGAAGUAGCGACGUGUCGUGGUUUUGGCUGUUUUUUAAAAUUAUUGCUCAGAUGGCGCGGUAGUAUUUAUAAGCUGGUAUGGCUGGACUUAUUAGCUUUUCUACUCCUUUACUAUUUUCUUAAUAUUAUGUAUCGGUUUGUACUCAAUGAGGAUCAAAAAGUGCAAUUUGAGGCUGUUGUUCAAUACUGCUAUAAUUAUAGUGAUCUCAUACCUCUAUCCUUUGUUUUGGGUUUCUAUGUAUCCAUUGUGAUGACCAGAUGGUGGGGUCAAUACACCAGUAUACCUUGGCCCGAUCCCAUAGCAGUGUUUGUUAGUGCAAAUGUUCAUGGUCAAGACGAAAGAGGUCGUGUAAUGCGACGUACAAUAAUGCGUUAUGUUUGCCUAUGUCUGACCAUGGUAAUGACCAAUAUAUCACCGCGUGUUAAGAAACGGUUUCCCAAUCUCAGUAACUUUGUGGAGGCUGGUUUGUUAAAUGAAAAUGAAAAGGAAAUUAUAGAGAGUAUGAAUAAAGGAUUUCCACGUCAUUCGAAACAUUGGCUGCCCAUAGUAUGGGCUACUAGUAUUAUUACCAGAGCACGUAAGGAAGGUCGUAUACGUGAUGAUUUUGCUGUCAAGACUAUAAUUGAUGAAUUGAAUAAGUUUAGAGGACAAUGUGGUCUGUUAAUAUCCUACGAUACCAUCAGUGUGCCUUUAGUAUACACUCAGGUGGUGACAUUGGCUGUGUAUUCAUUUUUCUUGUGUUCUGUUAUGGGCCAACAAUGGACCAUGGGCAAAACUGUGGCCAAUAGCAGUCAUGAAAAUAAAAUUGAUUUAUAUUUUCCAGUCUUUACAACGUUACAAUUUUUCUUUUACAUGGGAUGGCUUAAAGUGGCUGAAUCUUUAAUAAAUCCCUUUGGAGAAGAUGAUGAUGAUUUUGAGGUGAAUUGGAUGGUGGAUCGUAACUUACAAGUCUCUUACUUGAUUGUGGACGAAAUGCAUCAUGAACAUCCGGAACUGAUCAAAGAUCAAUAUUGGGAUGAGGUAUUUCCCAAUGAACUACCCUAUACUAUAGCUUCGGAACGUUUCCGCGAAGAACAUCCCGAACCCUCAACAGCUAAAAUUGAAGUGUCUAAGAAUGCUGCCAUGCCAACCGUUAUGUCUAGUGUUCGCAUUGAUGAUAUGGUUGGUACUAGUUCCGAAUCUAAACCAAACACUCCAAAUGUGCAGGCAGUUAGCUAUAAAUUCCCCGAUAACAUAGAAGAGGAGGCUGAUGAUGCCAGUGGCAUACAUUUCACAGCCGGUAAUGGCAAAACGAGACAAGGCUCAUCACCAAGUUUAGUGAGUCUUAGUGGUACCUUGUCUCGUGUCAAUACCGUAGCCUCAGCACUCAAACGUUUCCUCAAUCGAGAGGAUAGUCGCCCCGGUUCCUUAACACCCAAUGAUGAGAAUCCCAAAUAUCGUUUUCCCGGCAGUGCUAGUUCUAAUAGCUUAGCACCUCCAGCCGGUUCAAAACCAGUUGGCAGCAUGCGCAUCACCGAUCAGGUCAUCGAAGAAGUCGAUGAACAAACCACCAUCACUUCACAGCGUGCUAAUGAUAAUCGUCCCAAUGUUCGAGAUAUUUUUGCACAAAAUUCCGGUUCAUCGGUGAGCUUAAAUAAACAACAACAACAACAAUAUCCUACAGAUCCCAUGGAUAUACCCAUGAAAAAUAAACUAUACAUGCGCACACAGUCAACUGUUGAGCCUAGUCUAUUUCCUGCCGGCGGGGUAGAAGCACUGCUGAGUACAUCUGCCCCAUCGGCCGGAAGUCCGACCAUGGCCCGCACUGUACCUAGUUCACCUACCAGGGAAAGCACAAAGUCACUAUACGAUCGUGACAAUAAAGAACGUGGCAGCCGUGAAACAGUGGAAGAUAUGGAAAUGCGCUCAACACAUGAUCUAAUAGCGGCCGCUAAUGCCGAUGUGGAAAAAGAUGAUUUUGAAAAACUCAAAGCCGAACGUGAAAAGGAACGUUUGGAAAGACAAAAGCAGAAAUUUGCUCGACAAAUAAGUACGGCACCGGGUGGUGAAAAUGUACCCACCACAAUAGUGCCGGUGGUGGCAGCAGCAAUUAUAGGAAAUCCUGCAGUAAGUACAGCGGAUGCCCAGAAUGUUACGCAAGCAGUGGGCACUACCGGCUCAACACUACCGACAACGAGUUCAAAUGCCGAUUUACUUUCAAUAACCGAGCCAGUAACACAUUCUACACAGAAAUGGAAUGAAGGCGGUUUAAAUGAAUGAUUAACAAAGUAAAAUUAGUUUAUAAACAAAUAAUACAACUAAUAGUAAAUACUAUAGGGUACAUACAUAAUAAUGAUAAUGAUCAUAAUAAUAAUGUACUGCCUUUCUGUAUUAUUAGACUUUAAAGCAAAAACACAAUUAUAACAUUUGUACAUAAAAUAACAGAAAUUCGUAACGAAUGCUCUACACUUUUUUUUAACCAAUAGAAUUGGAUUUUGUACUUGUAUUCGCCUAGUUAAAACAAAAAGACAAUUAAUUAAUCUAUUUAAUUUUGGGUUUUAAGCUUUACCUUUUUGCAUAUAAUUUAACUUAAAAGUUAUAAGAACAAACAGAAUAAUAACUAUAAGUAUGUAGGUUACAUAUGUAUAUUUAAUAAUAAUUUGGUGCUUUAUUAAAAGACAAACAAUAAUAAUAAUAAUAACAAAUAAUAUUAAUUAAUAUGAAUAAUAAUUGUAAGAUGCUCACAACAAAAAAACAAAAUAUUUAAUUGCUGCAUAACUAGUUUUGUUUCUCAAUUUAUAAGAAAAAAAGUCAGAAAAAUAUUAAAACUAUUUUUGAAAAUUUGAUAUUUUUUUACAUUAUUUAUAAGUACAAUUAACUAAUUAUAAUAAUAAUAAAAAAAAACAAUUUAUUUAAAUUAUAAAUAAACUAUUAAUU